GAGUGCCUGAGUGCGUGGCCAGGUCCCCGAGUGGAGGAACUUGGAGGGUGCCGCCUGGCACCGUGUGCUGAUAGGGGGCUGCUUGAAUGGUGGCAGAUGUGGUCAUCACUGCCCUUCUGGAGCAUCUGGUCGUCACUGCGUGGACUCUGCUCAGGGGCUACAGAAAGCCAGCCCCAGCCUGAGGUGGUGGGCAGGUCUCCACCGAUUCCUGGAACCGCCGCAGGGUCUGACAAGAAAUCGAGCAAGCAGGCCUCAAGAAUGGGUAAGAUAGCAUGUUUAUCACCAGACCUUCAUAUUAAAAAAACAUGUUCAAAUAGCAGGUCACCUAGUUAAAAUGUAACUUGGCUUCUAGAACCUCAGCUUGCUAGUAGUUUGUAUAUAGAAUUUUUUCCACAGACUCAAAGCUGUCGGCCUGGCAUGUUGAGCUGAUGGCAUUUCUGAGCCUGGACUGGUUCAGGCCCCAGAAGGAGCUCUGCGGUGCCUGUGGAUCCCUCAGAGUGAGAAAGGAGCCCUACAGGGGCUGCAGGGUGCAGGUCGGGGACCUGACUGACAGCACAGGUGGGACAACGGGCGGGGGAGGGAACGGAGACCCAGUCCACCUGGGUAAGAACAAGGACAGCCCACAGGUUCCAGGGAUCCUUGCCUGCCACUCUCGUGUGCCAGCAAGCCCUCAUCUCCACGAGCCCUGGAGGAGGACGUGUACUCACUGCCUGAGUCCCCGCAUGUCCAUGUCCACAGCCACACUCCCAGCCUGUCGGCCCUUGCUGUCCUCGAUGCAGGCAGCCUGCCAUCUAGGCUGUCACAAAUCCAGCGUCCAGCGAGGGCUGGUGUCAGUACCCUGGGUGGGGACAGCUGGGCUGCGGUGCUGCCCCUCCGGCUCUGCAGCCUGCGCUGGUAGCUGCCUGUGCAGGGACUGCCUUCCUGGUCCACUCCAGGGCUUAUACAUAUUGUGUCUGGGUCCUGUGGCACUGAGAUGUGCAUCCAUGGAGAUGUGAGCUCUGCGCUUGGACCCAGUGGGAGGGGUCCUUGGGGAGACGAUGGCUCUGCUCUCUGAAACUUGAGUGGCAUCCCCAGAGCAACAUGUGGCCUCCAGAGGAAGGUGGGUUUUGUCCAGUCCUGUGCUCCCUGGCCUCUGCACAGGAAGCUGGGACCAGGCGCAGCUGCCGGAGCAUUGCUGUCAUAUGCUCCCAGGAGGGGGAGUGAGUCACCCAUACUUACCCUUUUUGCAGAGGCAGCUGAUUAUCGCAUUCCUGGGUUUGCUGGGAGGUUGUGGGGUGGAGGCCAAAACCUGGCAGGGCUGGUGGAUUAGCGAGGGACUUUGCAGGCUCUUGGGCAGGCGGCUAAGGCCUAACAGCCCAGGACGGCCUCCUGGCCUACCCCCCUUUCUUGCCUCUCUGUCCAGAUGGUGGGAAGCUACUGGCCUGGAACCUAACGAAGCUGCUGUGGGUCUGUGCACCGGACCCUCAGGGGCCUCUGGCUCAGGACCUGCUGGGGAGGAAGGGGCUGCAGUGGCCCAGCACCAAGUCCUAAGGGCUCUGCAGCUAGUGUUUUCUGCUUGACGAAUCGUAGCUGCGUUCCUUGGAGUUUUCAGAGUAAGCAUUCCGCAUUACAUGUUCGCUUUGCUUUCGGCCUCUAGAAGGCAGAAACCGCAGGUACGUGCACACCAGGUCCCUUCACAAGUUCACGUGGGCAAAGGAGGACCAGGGACAGAGCUGUGUGAAUGCAGGUGUGAGUCUGAUGUGGUCGCGUGAGACGUGCUUUGCCGACAGUGGCAGGGUGAACAGUUUAAGGAUGGCUUUUGAUGAAAGAUUUCCGAAGUAAGAUGCUUCAGCUGGUGUGCACGGCUGAGAAGGCACCUGAAUCAGCAGCACGCAAGCUCCUUCCAGGGCUCUGUCGUGACUGGGAAGGCUUUGUCCACCUCUCCCUUCUCUGAUCCAGACGGAAAUCUCAAAGCCAAAACCCUGCCGAUUUCUCAGCCUGCUGUUAGCAGGACAGACUGGAGGAUACUUUUUGGGGUCUCGAACAGGCCCACUCUGAUGGGCUUUCCCUGCCCUGUGUCCAGCCCAAGGUCCAGUCUCUCCUGGGCAGGGCCAGCUGGGGUGGCAGCUACAUUCAGGGUUUCUACCCGGUCCUCUGAGUGGGGAGGGCAGACAACUUUCCAUGACAUCAGAAAGACAAUCUUCACAUCAAAGGAAAGUUCUGUCUCCUGUCUACAGUGCAGAGAGCUUUUAGUCUCCAGGCUUCUCAUAAAUAAGCCAGAAGAAACUACUGAUUCUUCCCAAGCGCCCAGGAGUAAAGGCUGCCUGGCGCCAUCCUCGGAUCCCAGAGCCCAGGAAUGCUGGGAAGCACCCCUUUGUCAGGGACCUAUGGGGUCUGGCUUGGGAGGAGGUCCCUGUGGAACUUUGGGGGCGUACGUGGUGGUAUGAGGCCUGUGGGGCCAGCCCAGCCAGUGGGCAAGGGCACUAAGUCAGGCCAGGAAAACCCCAUCAGGGUAGGAAGCCCGUCUGAUGCCGGGGCCCAUUUCUCCACAUUUAGCCUAAGGCUUUGCACCUGAAGAGUGUUGAGUGCAUUUAGUCAUUUGAUUUUGUUGGAUUAGGACCAGCCUGGCGGCCAAGGGCUGCUGGUGACCAAGCUGCCUGCCCCGCCCUUGACAACAGUGUUGUUCAGUUUCGGUUCUGUCUUUAGGCCUCCAGUGCCACCCAGGGGAUCUCCCCAGUGUUACGGUGACCCAUGUCCCCCAGUACUCCUGUGUUGGAGAGCUAACGUACCUCAGAAUGUGAUCUUAUUUGGGAAUGGGAUUGUUGCAGAUGUCAUUAGUUAAGAUGAGAUCACACCUAAUCCAAUGACUGGAAACCUUAUAAAAAGGGGAAAUUUGGAUACAGACACACACAUAAGGAGAAGGUACUGUGAGCAUGCAGGCAGAGCUGGCCUGAUGAUUCUACCAGCCAGAGCACACCUGGCAUUGAUGCCAGAAGCCAGGAGAUGGGCCUGGGAUAUAUUCUAUCAGAAGGCACCUUGGCAUUGGACUUGUGACCUCCAGGACUGGGAGAGCGUAACACUCUGUUGUCUCAGCCCCAGCUGGCACUUUGUUACUGCAACCCUAGCAAACCGACACAGCCGGCUCCGGGUGCGGGGGCUGUCCCGGACCCCACCGGCACUCUCCCGGCCCAGCUCUGCUCCUGCACAUGCAUCCUCUGCUCUUAUCUUGUCCACUGGCCCUCCUGUAUCAGGGCCUAAACCCCACCUCAGACCCGACUGCUGCAGUAAAUAAAUGCAGCUGGCAUUGGCCCAGCCUGCUAGAAAGUCUUCAGACUUCACUGACUGUACCCCUCUAGGUAAGUCUGCACUGGGCUAGGUGCAGAGGGUGAACAGCAGUGGGGUAGUCUGUCCUUGGGAAGCAGACUGGAUGUCACCUCAAGUGUGAGCACAUGCAUUCUUGAAAGUAAGUGCCUGGCAUCAGGAGAAAUGGUGAUGGGAACGUAAGGGUCAAGGUGGAGAGGAACAAGGUCAUUGUGGGGAAGGGCUGCAGAGGGUUCUUGAUGGGCAGGGUGGGACGGGUUGAGCGAGAGCUGAGGCAUUUAGAUUCUAACCUGGAGGUUUCUGAGGAGGCCAGUGCCAUCAAGGCCCAAGCUCUGGGAAGACUGCCCUGAGAGGGAUGCCAACAAUGACGGAAGGUGACAAGGGACAGAGAGGGGGAAGGGCUGGGCUGGGCCACCUCUCCCGUGGCACAGUCAGGACACUGAUUCCUCAGAUGUGGUGGCCCCCUUUCAGAGAGGCGGAGACAGCCACCCUCACCAUGCAUUAUGCCCUCCUCCCCAAGUUCCUGGGGCCGUGCGCGGGAGAUGCCUGGACCCUCUCAAUGACCUUGGUACCUGCUCACCUUCCUUAUGGGGUCUGUCCUUCUAGUACCUUCUCCUACCCUCUGUAAGACAUCUUCUAUGUCCAGCUGUGGGGCAGGGAACGGGUGGUCAGGAAGGAUCUGACCUUUAGCUGGGCAGAGUGACAGGUGCACUGAAAGAUGAGCUCCUAAACAUGAUCCUGAGCACGGGGUGGGGAUCAGCUCUGUUUCAGCCCCUCCCUGAGAGCAUGACUGCGCAGCUUUAUAUAGCUCAGCGGCCCUAUAUAACCAGAAAGUGCCCUCACCACAGAGGGAGCACAUGGUAGCUGCACUGGAAGUCCUGUUGGCUGGAAGAGCCUGCACUCGCAUCUGGUCUGGCUGGGCACACCCCUCCCUCCAGCAGUAGUGUCCCCACAGGGGCAGCCCAGGCCACGGUCUCCAGGAUGCCCAGCAGAACGUCCCGCUACUCCCGCUAUAGCCCACGGCAACGGCGGCGGCGAAGGCUGGUCGAUCGCAGUGUACGCUUCCCUAAUGAUGUCCUGUUCUUAGACCACAUUCGCCAGGGUGACCUGGAGCAGGUGGGGCGCUUCAUCCGGACUCGGAAAGUUGCCCUGGACACCAUCCACCCCUCGGGCCUAGCCGCCCUACACGAAGCCGUGCUCUCUGGAAACCUGGAGUGUGUGAAGCUGCUGGUCAAAUAUGGGGCUGACAUUCACCAGCGUGAUGAGGCAGGCUGGACACCCCUGCACAUUGCCUGCAGUGACGGGUACGCGGACAUAGCCAGGUACCUCAUCUCGCUGGGAGCAGACAGAGAGGCAGUCAACGAUGACGGCGACCUGCCCUCAGACCUCAUUGACCCGGACUUCAAGGACCUGGUAGCGCUCUUCGAAGGGACUACUAUGGCCUGAACCUAGAGCUGCCCUUCCAGGGCUCUCCUGUUCCCUGGAGAAGUCGGGGUCCACCUCUCCCAGGUGCAACGACCUGCUCCCAAUGAGGGGCCCGGCCGUACCUGGGCACAAGCCCCACCCCACACACCUCUGACCUGGCUUUUUCUCCAGGUGGAUUUUUUAUUGUGACACUUUUUACUUUUUCAAUAAACGUGAUUCUCAA